CUUCUUUAGUUGUAUUUUGGGGAAGUCGGUGUUCGGGUGUCCCUAGACCCAAUGAAAUCAAGGUACUUAUACUGUUUUAAAGUGAGGCUCUAUGACCCUAUUCACCAAGUGUUGAUAGUGACAUCAACAUAAGAAGCAGCCUCUAGGUUAGUCAUAGUCUUAAGAAGUAACAUCUAUCAGUGUCGUAAGAAGUGAGAUCUAUCCUAAGAAGUAGUCAUUAUUACGAGAAGUGACCCCCAUCCUAUGAGGAGUACACUGUAACUUCCAAAACAUGAAUUUCCUGCGCGGGAGUUUUGGCGGUGGGGGAAGCGCUGCAGACGAAGGGCCCCCGAAGGGAGAACAGGACAGUAACGUGAGGGAUCACGCCACCUUCUUCUCGUGGAAGAACAUUUGGACAGACAAUCAAGAAGAAAAAGCUGAAGGUCCUAAAAGCCGCGCUGGAAGUGACCCCAGCGCCCCUAGGAAGGGACGCAGGAGCAGCCGCAGUAGCACUGGGCUGUCUGUCAUUGAUGAAACUAUUGGGAAUGGAGAUCACUCUAGCAGUCGACGGGAUAGUAGAGAUUUCCUCGGGCGAAUUGGGAACGGUGAGCUCUGCGACGAUAACCGAGAAGACUCGGACACUCUGGAAGCUGACGAUGACAGGACCAGCAUCUCGUCCUCCGAGACCUUGCGUCGCGGAAGCCUCACUGACGGUAUCAAACGCGUGGUGUCAAAGACUCACGCUACCCCUAGUGAUGGGAAGUCUGACGGGUCCAAUCAAUCAGGUUACUUCAACAUCCCUUGGAAGGACAAAGGCAUGUCCUUUCCAUGGAAGAAGGAAGAUGCUGGGGAACAGGGGUCUGGGAAGUCAUCCCAAGCACCAAAAGAAGGGAGCACCCCAAAGUCCUUUGGUAUUGGUGGCUUGAGUACCAAAGGAGAAGACGAGAGCAAAAAGAACAAAUCUCGUAGCCCAUCGAGACACUUCCCUUGGGCCAGUUCUGAUGCUGGAGAUUCUGACAGUACGUCAGAGCUUUCUUUUACAAUGCCGUGGAAAAGCUCUUCAGACGCCUCCAAAAAAGGCACUGGGAGUCAAGACUCGGCAGCUAUCCACUUCCCUUGGUGGACUGGGAUCAAUUUAGAGGACAAAAAGGAAAGGGAUCCCAGUGUAACAAGCACUGGUGAAAGCAGUGAGGACAUUGACAGCGGCAUCAUUGGUGACGAGAGCGCAUCUCUCAUCAGUGAGAGUAAGCCUGAAAAGACUAAGCAGAAGGAGAAAGAGAACACCAACCCAUUCCAGAAUGUCCCGUGGUUCAUUGGUGGCAGUAGCAGUGAAAAGAAGGCUGAGAAAAACAAGGAGACCCACAGUGCCCUGUCGGGCUUUCCGUGGAGUCGCGAAGGCACCGACAAGAAAAAUGGUGCGGAAGGUGAUACAUGGAGUGCUUCGGUUAACAUCCCGUGGCUGCGGAAGUCAGGUGAGAAGAAGAAAGUUGAGAAGGGGAAAGCUGAUGGUGAGAAGGAAGAACCACACAAGGAAUCUGAUCGUUCUGAGGGUGCUAAAGCAGAGGCCCAUGACGGGGAGCUAGGUCAGUCUGAAGAAACAGACGAGGAGGACAUCAAACGCCCAUCUGUGGUCAGAAGAGUGCGGAAGGUAAUAGAUGCGAAAACCGAUAUAAAGAUUGACAGCAUGAAGCCUCUCAUCAAGAGCAGGGGAAGUGUUGACAGUGAGAGCAGAGAGAAAAUUGUCGAAUCAGAUGAGGACGUCAAGGGUUCAUCGGGGCAGUCGCCAGCUCUGUAUCUGGAGCAGCUAGUGGUUUUGAAGACCCGGGCUGGUCGGGUCAAGGAAAAGGUAAGCUUUCUGCACUGUUAGCUUAUGCUAAGUUCAGCAUUUGAAAUUGAUAAUCAUAUUUAGAUCACUGGGAGCAUACAAGUUCAAUCUGGUUAUGUUGUCAUCUUUAGCGUACCAUAUUCUGCAUGAAACUUGGCUGUCUGACCAUUAGUUACCAUAUGCUGUGCAUUAGUUACCAUAUGCUGUGUUUUUUUAGAGUAAUUCACUGUUGUUAUUCUCAGCAUUGGAAACAAUUUAAUGACCCAAAGAUUUAUACUUUGCCCUAGCAUCAAGCCUACUACUGUUAUGCUGUACUGAGCUGUAUCUGGAGCAAGGUCCAUGUAUCAGUUGUACUUAUGUCCUGAACAUUACUAAAAACAGUACUGAGUACAUCUAGGCCUCUUGUUGUGAUUCCCAUACUUUCUGUACUGAGUAGCGUCAGCACAGUUGUUGCUGAAUUGAAAAGAAGAUCUUACCUGAAAUAUUUCAGUAAUUCUGCCCUGAACUUCAGCCUCUUCUUGUUGACUGAGGAAAAGGAUCAGCUGACUAUGCCUGAAACGCCCAUUGUUCUCAGUCUGAGAACCACAGUGAUGCCAACACCACACUCACAAGGACGCUUUAGUUGUUUUCUUGAAGGAUGGGUCUUCAUGCAAAAACUUAUCGUUUUUGUAUUUCUGAAUUAUGCAGACGAUAGUGAAAACCUGCGAGGUUUACGAGGGUCGUUUUUAAUUUUUUGGGUUAAUGAUUUACAACCUAUGUCUGGUGGAUUUGUGAAAAAAACUUGGGUUGUAUGUUUUGUGGAGCCUUUUUUAUUUGGCUUGGUAUAUGACUAUUUUUAUGAUUGAAUCUCAUAGUGACAAAUUUGACAGCAUCUGUGUAAAUCAGUGUAUACAUAAUGUGUGCGUGUGUAUGAGAGAGAGAGAGAGAGAGAGAGAGAGAGAGAGAGAGAGAGAGAGAGAGAGAGAGAGAGAGAGAGAUCCAAAGGGGGAUGGUGCCUGGUCCAUUGGUAAGCUUUUCAUCUC